AGGGAAAUGGACAGAAACACAGACAGGUGAACGUUUCCUUCUUCUAGACGACACUGCUCAGAACAAUAGGAUCCUGGCAUUCGCAACAACGGACAACCUUCGAGACCUGGCAGCUUCAGAGACCUUUUUCUGUGACGGGACAUUCUACACCUGCCCCAGCCUAUUCCACCAGAUAUACACCAUUCAUAUUCUGAGUGAUGAUGUGAUGACACCUGUUGUGUAUGCCCUAUUACCAGGAAAGAGUCAAGCCAUCUAUACAAGGUUCUUCACCCUUCUUCUGGACAAAAUCAACGACCUUGACCUCCAGUUUUUACCAACCUGUGCCCUAGCUGACUUCGAGACAGCAGUCCACAACUCCAUCCGAGAAGUGUUUCCGGACAUCACAACGAAGGGAUGUUUUUUUCACUUCACCCAGGCUAUUUGGCGAAAAGCUCAACAGACAGGACUACAGAUCCCCUACAAAGAUGACGACAACGUAAAGACUUUGGUUAGAAGAGCAGCAGUUCUUCCCCUUGUUCCUCUAGACUGUAUUGAAGACGUUUGGUUCAGAGCCCUAGAAGACAGAGAUGAAGCUGACCUCACACAAGCUACAGAAUCCUUCACAGACUAUGUGACAGAACAGUGGGUUAACGGUGACAGACUUUUAUGGAAUCAUUUUGGAACAGAGGGACCACGGACCAACAACAGCCUUGAAGGAUGGCAUGGAAAACUCAAAAGAAUGACACAGCACGCACAUCCCAACAUCUUCAUCGUCGUAAAGAUGUUUAAAGAUAUACAGAAUGCGAAAGAAAUUCAAAAGAUUCAGAGGGAAGCCGGCGGGACCAUUAGACCUCCAGCAAAAAAGUAUGCAACUAUAAAGAGAAGAUUGCAGUUACUGAAAGAAAGGUACCAGGAUGGCAUCAUUGACCUUAUGGCGUACACAGACUCUGCAUCUGAACUACUUCAUCUAGGAUAG